AUGGCCUACAGCAUCGCCCUCCAUGCUGGGGCUGCCGAUUCUUGGGCGGGAGACUCUGGUAUCCAAGAGAAAACCGAAGCCUUCCUACAAUGUUUGAUCGAUUCAGCCAAAGCUCAAUUAAGGAACGGAGAAAGUUCAUUGAAAGUCGUUACCGAAGUAGUAUCUGCCCUAGAGGACUACCCGCAAUUCAAUGCUGGCAAGGGAUCUGCUCUGAAUAAUGAUGGCUUCCACGAGUUAGAAGCAGCUGUGAUCGACGGUCGAACGUGUAGGUACCGAGCAGCAGGUUGCUUGCAACGCACCAAGAAUCCCAUCAAACUGGCGCACAAAAUGUUGGACUUCCCAGCGCCAGCCUUGGUAAUUGGGAGUGCAGCCGAUGAGCUAGCGGAGACAAAUGGCCUGGAUAUGGUAGAGAACUCCUACUUCACUACCGAGAGCCGUCGACUCUACUGGGAGGCGAAGAUGAACAAGCUAGUGGAGAAUCACGGCACCGUCGGUGCGGUGGCCCUCGAUACUCAGGGAAAUCUUGCGGCCGCCAAUUCUACUGGCGGAGUUACCUUCAAACAUAGAGGACGAAUUGGGGAUACGGCGAUUGUUGGCGCAGGAAUCUAUGCUGAUGAUCGGGUAGCGGUUGUUUGCAGUGGAAGUGGUGAUGCCAUACUCCAGGCCACUGUGGCUGGAAGAGCUGCAGCUGCAGCGCGGUCAGGAACCGAGCUGAAUGAUGCUGUGGAGAAGGCAAUCUUGAAAUCUGCUGAGCUCUACCCGGAUUCUUCAUGCGGAGUAAUUGCAGUGGAUAUAUCUGGAUCUAUAUCAAUCCAUUGUAAUAGUCGAAUUUUUGCAGUCGCAUCGGCCAGUUCUUUCCAACACUCCGGGCAGGCUGGGAUUGUGAGGUCAACAAUUCCGAUCUUGAACCAACUCACUAUCUUCGAGGAUGAGAAGAUCAAAGCUGGGAUGGUAAAGUACCCGACCUUUCCAAACCAGAUUGUGGUUCAUCCCCGGUCGGGAAAGCCUGUGUUGCCCCUGAAGGCUGAGGCAUUCGUGGAUUUCUUCAUCCAACUAAGAAGAGUGGUCCAGAAGGUACAGAGUUUCUAUCAGGCUUCUGAUAUUGCGUUUAUAACCUCUGGGGAUUCCCCCUCGACAUUUAUAUUCCCGCUCUUGCUAUCCCCUACCUCCACGGAUAUAACCUUCAAAGAUGGAAACCACACCACCACUCGUCCUUUGAACAACGGUCAUAGUGCAGAUUUUCACUAUGUCGCUGACAAGUUGAUCAAGGUCAAGAUCCAUCGGCCGGAAAAAACUCGGUUGUUCUCCACAGAGUUACAGCAAUACUCCCAGACUAUCCUUGAAAUCUGGGGUAUUCUCCAGGUUCUAUCACAAGAGGUAGGACCUGAUGCAGCGCGUCCACAACUGGAGGUUCAUCCCCAACGAAAAGGCCUUGUCACUAUCUUAUUAACUGAUCCUCGCCCAUCCCUAUUUCCUCGGCCAGCGAUCUUCUGUGAUUCACUUCCGGAAUAUCUCACCGCGGAACUGGGACCAAAAGCGACAGACAUGAUUACGCUUGGGCGUUUAGCAGGCGAAGCAGCGAAAUAUUUGACAAGUUCAUCAAGCUAG